AACGUCGCCGCUUCGAAUCGAUCCCUUCCAAAAAAAAGCGACCAGUGUAGCGAUCCUCAGUUCCUCGACAACACUUCACUCGCAAAAGCUUGGUGGUUUUUUCUCCUCCGGCUUCGACUGCAACGGUACGACCGUCUCGCCUCCGGACUCCUAUCGGCUCCAGGGCGUCCUUGGUGCGCCGCCGCAGAUUCGGCUGGGCUCGAAGAGGAGGCAUCCUCUGCGGAGAAGAGUAGUGCGGUUCUGAGCGUAAGGGACCCACCAAAGUACCAUAGGUGGGAUGAUCCUGAUUACAGGAAAUGGAAGGAAAAGGAGGAAGAAAUUCUUCAAGACAUCGAGCCUAUCAUUUCGCUUACUAAAGAGAUUCUUCACUCUGAUCUGUAUAUGGAUGGGGAACAUUUAACUGUUGCAGACGAGGAAGCUGCGGUAGAGAAGCUUCUUUGUCAUCAUCCACGUUCUGGAGACAAAAUUGGAUGUGGACUUGAUUCUAUUAUGGUUGAUCGACAUCCUCAAUUUAGACACUCGAGGUGUCUCUUUGUUGUUAGAACUGAUGGUGGAUGGAUAGAUUUCUCAUACCAAAAGUGUCUCCUAGCAUAUAUUCAAGAUAAGUACCCAUCCUUUGCAGAAAGAUUUAUUAGAGAACAUUUUAAACGUGGUAGUAGUGGCUAAAAUGUGAAAACUUAAUGGUAAUAUCAGUGUUCAACUACGAUUUUGGUGUCACUGGAGAUGUUUAAAUAAUUCUUUUUGGAAGAGAGAUUGUCAAUUUGUGGCAGUGACCUAUAUAUAGCCUUGAUCUAUAAUUGUCAAUGUAGUAGAUGAUUCUUGACUGGCGCUUCACGUUUGUUAUAAAUGAGGACAAAGAAAAUGAUUGAAUUGAAUCUCACUUUGUUGACUUGUAUCUAUCUCCUUUGUUGGUGGCUUUGUGCAUGGUUGUUAUGGUUUAGGAACAAGCUUUUUCUUGAGGUCCUCAGGUCGGAGCUUUAAUAUCAAGUUACUAGGAUUUUCAAGGCACCUUUAUUAUAGGUCCGGAACUUGUCUUCAGAGCUUGUUAGACAACAAAAUGAUUUAAUUGCUCUCCAAGAACUUUCUGGUCUCUUGAAGCUUAAACACCUAGGUCCUAGAGUACAUGUUAGGAGAAAAGGAGUGUGAACAUGCAUGAGAAUUACACAGUUCUGCCCACAGUUAUAUCUGAUAUUCAAAAUGCCAUAAUAGCAGUCAACACUUAACGCGCAUAGUUGAUCAUAGCCUAUUAGAAAAUUGCUUCAAUAAUCCUGCAAUUUUUUGUGCUGAUGAGAAUACAACAAGAAGAACCAACUUCUCCAUCUUUGGAGGUUAAGGAAUCAUGAAUUUGUUUCGACUUUCACCAUAUGAUCUAGCAAUUCUUUCCUUUUAUGAGUCACGUCAAAUGGUAACAAAUGGUAUACGGUGCACAAUACAUUUGGCGUAAAAGAAGGGAUAGUUGAAACCCAGUGCACCACCUCAGUGGUGGUGGAUAAAUGGACUGUGUGUUGGACCACUGAGCGCAAGUGGGCUUGACCAAGGUGUCUUCCACCUUCCUACAAUGUAAUAAUUUAGAAGUUUGGUCUUUCUUACUGGUGAUGAUGGCACAUCCACCAAAAAUUCUUUAGUGGUUGAAGGCUUGAAACUGGAUUUAUGCCAGUCAAAGCAGUCAAGGUCGG